UUAUACCAUUAUCAUGACUGUAGAGAGUUCUAGCAUCACAAUUGGUCGUCCUUCCUCAAUGCAGGAGAGGGUGAGGAAUGCUGCUAAUGAAGGUGUUAUUGAGGCGUUGUAUGAGCUUAUUCGGGAGAAGGCAGAUUUCUUGAGGGACAUCGAUCAAAUGGAGUUUGUUGAUACUCCAUUACACGUAGCUGCAGCUGCAGGACGCACUGAGUUUGCAUUGGAGUUGUUGGACUUAAAGCCAUCACUUGCUACGAAGCUGAACCAGGACGGUUUGAGCCCCAUUCACCUUGCGUUGCAGAAUGAGCAUGCAGAGACGGUGCUCUCACUCCUGAGAUUCGAUAAGAAUCUCGUUCGUGUCAAAGGGAAGAACGGCUACACUCCUUUCCAUUACGCAGUAAUGAACGGAGACCGUCCUGUUUUGAAUGAAUUUCUCAAGGAUUGCCCUCAAUGUAUCCAUGAUGCGACAAAUCGAAAUGAAACUGGCCUGCAUGUUGCAGUGCAGAACAACAGCUUCGAAGCUUUUCAAGUUCUAAUGCUCUGGCUUUGGAGAUCUGAUUGUUCUGUGAGGGAGAUUAAAAGAAUUCUGAACUUCAAGAACAGGGAUGGCGACACUGCGUUGCACAUAGCAGCAUCCAAAAACCAACCAAAGAUUGUCAGGUUAUUAACUGAGUAUGGGAUACUGAACAUGAAAGCUACCAAUUCGAAGAAUUUAACAGGCCAAAAUCAACACGACAGAGGAAAGAGCAAGGAAAUUCUACUUUCUGCUUACCGUGCCAUUUUCGUCGGAGCAAUUGCUCUUAUUCAACUAAUUAGUGACCUUAAAUAUAACAUUAAAACCAUGUCAGGUGACAACAACAAUGCUGUGCUGGUAGUAACAGUACUUAUUCUAACAGCCACUUACCAAGCCGCCCUAAGCCCCCCCGGAGGUGUUUUUUAGGCUAACUCUGAACCCAAAAACACCACCGCCCACUUGCAAAUCCCCCAUAGUUUCCACAACAUAACUAGUUCCAUAACGAACAAAAUAUUCAAAAAGCAACCCUCUGCUGCGGGAUCAUCCGUACUGAAUACAGCACCUUUUCUUUUCUUCUUUAUUCCAAACAUUAUGGCUUUCGGUAUUUCUUUCCUUCUAACAUGUGCCAUCCUUAUCAGUAUCCUUCCUGUUGUCUUAUCAACUGCUCUCGUCCUAUCCCUGUCAAUGCUAGUUGUUUGCCUUCUAAUAUCUUCAGUGCGUAUCAUAUCGCCAAAUUCACUGUCCGUCGUUGUUAUGUAUGAAACUGUCGACCU